AUGACCCCAGAAUCCCCAGAAACCGAAGGCCUCGCCAGUAAAGUGCCCGCCGCCCUGCGCCUGGCUCUCAACCCUCGUCCCGGCAAAGAAUGGGAGAUCCUGCACGCCAGUCCUCCGGUCCUGACGCCCACGGUUCCCACCAGCGUCAUCAACUUCUCGUGGGUGAUCGCGGCGCUCACCGCCAGCCUUGCGAUCUUCAUCUUCUUGAAGGCAAAGUCUUCGCGCAUGCCGCUUGUUAACCGGCUGGUUGCGCUUGCGAGUAUAUGUAUCGCUGUGUCGUCGUACGUGGUGGCAUCCGGCCAUGGGUACACUGUCGUCUCGAGCGCAUCUCGCUCUUUCGCACCCGCUGAUAAACAGUUGGUGUUUUACGCACCAUACGUCGGCAGAGCUCUUGCUUGUCCUUUGGUUGUUGCCGCUUUGGGCAUGUUUGCCGGGCUUUCGACUACAACCAUCGCUAUGAUCGCUGGUCUCCUCGAGCUGUCUGUCCUUUCGUUUUUGGCUGGAUCUAUGAAGAUGUUUGGUUUCAAAUGGUCUUAUAUGAUCAUUGGAGUCAUCGCUACCCUGAUGAGCAUCUACCUCGUCCGAUCCCGUGCCCAGAAAGACAUCAAAAUGAGUACCAACGCAGCAUUCAUCCGUCCUCUGGGUUACACCGCCGCCGCCGUCACCUCCAUCCUGUCCCUCUAUCCCGUCGUCUGGGGUCUCUGCGGAGGCAGCAGCAAAUCCAGCGUCACCACCCAUCCUGUCCUCAACGGCAUGCUCGACCUGUCGAUGGUCACCUCCUGCGGUUACUUUGUGUCCAAGAUCAGCAGCGGAUUAACCGGUUCCAUGUCUCGCGGUCUUGACAAACUCUCGACAAAGAGCGGACAGCUCAAGAGCGCUGACUCUGUCGCGGCUGAUGAGACUGUGAAGCAUGGCAAGCGAGUCUCGUUUGCUGAUCACGAGGAACCUAGUGGGACCGCAAAGUCUCGCGGGCUGGGCGACGUCGAUGCUUCUGCUGAGGACGAGUUGGCAGCUGAAAACCCUCUUGCGAACGUGCCGGGAGGAUUUCCGUCGGAAAAGCCUGCUGGAAAGUCUGUUCAUGAUUUCGAUGGUAUCUCCGGUGCCGCUGGGAGAGACGCCGCGGAUCGAUCUAUCGGUGGUGAGAUGGCUGAGGGCGAUAUUUCUGAUAUGCCUGUAUCUGAGAAGAUGGCCGAGAAGAUGGCCAUGGGUGCGGACGGUUCCAUGCCGUUCUCUUCAAAGUCUGGCGGUGACGAGAAGCUGGCCAUGGGUGCGGACGGUUCGAUGCCGUCUUCCAAGGCUGGCAGUGACAUGCCGGGGUCGAUGCCAUCUGCUCCUUCAAAGGCUGGCGGUGAAAUGCCUGGGUCGAUGCCAUCUGGAAUGCCUUCUUCAGAGACGCCUACAUCAGGUGGUUCGAAGGCCAAUGCGGGUCGUGCCGCGGCCGGUGCUGCGGCAGCAGGUGUAGCUGGCGUCGGACUUGCGAAAUCGCAGAGUGGACAGAAGGAUACUCCCAGCAAGAGCUCUUCGACUACUAGUGACAUGCCUGAUUCUGCAUCUGCCUCCCCGGAAUCGCGCCCAACAGCAGCAGACUUGAAAAGCCCAACUCUCAGCCCCGCUUCCGGUCCGGAUUCGGACGUGUCCCCAGAGUCGCUCGAUAUGCUGCCGGGCAAACGAGGAUCUUCUGGACCGGUUGGUGCUUCUUCUGGAACGAUGCCGUCGUCGGCUGCCAAGGAGCGCAGUAUGCAGUACAGCGCGUCUGGAAGCUCAGAGGAUGUUGCUCGCGGUCCGGGUUCUUCAAAGGGAGCGAAUUCUAGUAUGCCUUCCAAGGAACUUGGGGCGAUGAAGAGUCUCAAGGGUUCUUCUGCAGGACCUUCUGCCGGAUCCUCGCCUAAGACGGGAACGCGGGACAUGCCGCGAGACGGCCCUGCUGGGACGUCCGACAAGUCUGGUGGUUUUGCUGAUAGUCCAGCUGGAAUGAUGGCUACGGGAGUCACCGCUGCAGGCGCAGUAGGCGCCACCGCCGCUGCUUCCAUGAAAAACAGCAAGACUCCCCAUCAGAAAUCCGAUUCCCUUCCCGAGAGCAUGGGCACCUCAUCAUCCGCCCCCGGCGCAGACCCUGCUUCGUCGCGCAGCAAGCCUCCCGGACCUGUUCGCAACCGAAGCAAGUCUAUGCUGAUUGAUCCUCAACCUGCUGCCGAGGCUGUGUUUGACCCGAGCAAGCUGUAUGACGAUUCUCACUUCAGUCGUAAGGAUAUCUCGGCCUCGGGCACGGAGUCUGGAGCGAUGCCGAAGAGUGGUGGUCGGGAUAUGGAUAUGUCAGCACCGGCCAUGGCGGGGGGUGUUGCUGCUGGUACUGGUGCUGGUAUGCCUCGGUCUGAUUCAGGCAUGCAACAAGAACUUCCGAAGCCAGAGAUGGCUGGCACCGGAAUGGCCGGUAAAGAACACCCCGAUACUGCAUCCACGAUGCCAUCUUCUGGAAUGUCAAAGACUGGCCUUGACACACCGACUGAGCGAUCGAUCAAAGAGACUCCUCCCGCGAAACCCAAGCGACGAACUGGGAUCGCCGCUGCGAUCCUGGGCGCCGUGGGCGCGUCGGGGUACCAGGGCGUCGAGUCUGUGCUUAACGAGAACGAGGUCAUCACCGGGACGACUAACGAUGGAACUGCGUUGUCAAAGCCUGCUGAUGAGGCCAGGAACCCGAAGGAUUCUUCAGUGAAGCCUUUAGAGUCUGAUUCUUCUGCUCGUGGACCUAGAGCUAAAGACAUUGUUGAUAGCUCUAAGGUCCCUGGCGGUGAGGGUAUGGACCCGGACGUGAACGUUUGCAGCACUGUUCCCGAGGCUACUGGCGAAACCGGGAAGGGCUCACUUCAGCGAGGUACACUUCAAGGCGCGACGCAGAAAGAUACCGUCAGAAUGGACGUUGACGAGCCUAUCCCGUCUCUCGACACUAACGUUCCCGCCGGCGGCACAGAUGCGAAUAUGCCCAUGUCCGGCGGAAAGCCAGAUGCUGGACUCGAGCCAAAGAGGAAGGCACCUCGUCCGAUUCCCGCUGAUGUGCAAGUGUUGGACGGACACGAGCCUCGCUCUUUCAGCACCGGUAUGCCAGACUCGCCCACUGAGCCCAGUUACACUAUGUCCGGUGGCGGCGUAUCUCCCGGCUUGAACCCGAGAGUAGCCGUCCGCUCCACAGCCGGACGCUACAUCGAUCCCAACGCGUCUCUACUAGAGAACCUCCUCCGCGAACCAACCACCUACGGCGGCCCGUUCGCGACCGAAGUCGAUCCCUCCAAAGUUUCCGACAAAGAACUCGGCAUCACGCCCGAGCUCGUCAAGUAUCUCAAAUCCGGCAACCCAGUCUACCGCUCCGCGACCGCCGACUCCGGCGUCACCAGCAGCAGCGGCAGCGGCGACAGCAGCAGCGACGGGUCUUCUGCAACAAAGCCGACGACAGUCAAGCAGAAAAUCCUGGCGCCGUUCGGUCUCGUCAAGCGCGCAAAGUCGCGCCGAGAGGCCGCCGCGCGCCGCCGGUCGAAAGUCGAUGAGGACGCGGCGGCCACGUCGUCGUUGGCGCCGCCGCCGAUCCCGGAGCAGUACGGGAACAGUGGCGGUAUGUAUAGCGCGAGCGCUCACGAACCGAGCUAUACCUACCAGCAGGCCCCACAGCAACAGGAGGAGUCAGACUACAGCACGCCGCGAAGCGUUCGUACACCCGCGAUCGGCGACGGGUUUGAGGACGUGAGCAAGAUGGCGCAGGAUCCGAGGUUGAUGCAGAAGAAGGUUACCGAGACGGUCGAGCAGGUUGCGUCGUCGAUGCCGCAGGCUGUCGGUGGUGGUGCAAAGUAA